AUGGCUCCGUCUGCUCUCUUGGAUUAUCGCAGCACCGUAAACGGACGCUUCUUCGUCUUCUUCUUCCUCUUCUUCUUCUUCUUCUUCUUCUUCUCCUCCUUCUUCUUCUUCUUCUUUGUAACAAUUUACUUUAGAAUCCUCUUCUUCUGCAACUAUACUAGUCUCUCUCUUUCUCUCUCUUUCUCUCUCUCUCUCUCUCUCUCUGUGCAUUGUGUGUGUACAUUUUUUUCAUAUUUUCUUUCAUUUCUUUUUUCAUAUUUUCUUCCAUUCAUAUUUUUCACCGUUUGUUUCAUUCAUAUUUUGUUAUCUUCUUUUUCAUUCAUAUUUUUCAUCAUUUCUUUCAUUUCUGUUUUCACCUUUUCUUGCGUUAAUAUUUUCCACCUUUUCAUUCAUACAUAUUUUUCAUCUUUUCUUUCAUACAUAUGUUUCAUAUUUUCAUUCAUACAUAUUUUUCAUCUUUUCAUUCAUACAUAUUUUCAUCUUUUCUUUCAUACAUAUUUUCAUCUUUUCUUUCAUUCAUAUUUUUCAUCUUUUCUAGCAUUCACAUUUUUCAUUUUUUUUAUUCAUAUAUUACACCGUUUCUUUCAUACAUAUAUUACACCGUUUCCUUUAUACAUAUUUUUCAUCUUUUCUUUCAUUCAUAUUUUUCAUCUUUUCGUUCAUUCAUGUUUUUCAUUUUUUUAUUCAUAUAUUCCACCGUUUCUUUCAUACAUAUUUUUCAUCUUUUCUUUCAUACAUAUUUUUCAUCUUUUCUUUCAUUCAUAUUUUUCAUCUUUUCUUUCAUUCAUAUUUUUCAUUUUUUUUAUUCAUAUAUUACAGCGUUUCUUUCAUACAUAUAUUACAGCGUUUCUUUCAUACAUAUUUUUCAUCUUUUCUUUCAUUCAUAUUUUCAUCUUUUCUUUCAUUCAUAUUUUUCAUUUUUACUUUCAUUCAUAUUUUUCAUUUUUUUUAUUCAUAUAUUACACCGUUUCUUUCAUACAUAUUUUUCAUCUUUUCUUUCAUACAUAUUUUUCAUCUUUUCUUUCAUUCAUAUUUUUCAUUUUUUUAUUUAUAUAUUACACCGUUUCUUUCAUACAUAUUUUUCAUCUUUUCUUUCAUUCACAUUUUUCAUCUUUUCUUUCAUUCAUAUUCAUCAUACUGUUUUUCUUUCUUUAUCAUUGUUUUUCAUUCAUGUUUAAUUGUUACUUUCUUUCAUUCUUUUUCCCCAUUUUCUUUCUUUCCAUCAUGUGUCAAUUAUUUCUUUCAUCAUAUCGUUCAUUAUUUCGUUCAUUCUUUUAG